AUGGAUGGCGGAACUGUCUCCGCCGCCGCUGUUUCUUCGGCCACCAACGCAGUCUUACGUGUGUCGCAGAUCAUAUAUGAACUCAUUGCAGUCGGAGAGCAGGCAAGGGAUUUGUUGGCGGCCACGAAGCAUGUCGCAAAGUCAUUGGACACGACUCGGCAUCUGCGCCGAUGCAAAUCAAUGCACCUGGAGGCGACCGAAAAAGAGUGGAUCGACAGUAUCAUGGUGGAUGCGAGCAAGACGCUGAACAACGUUGCGACCUUGGUAGAAUCCGUCAGGGUCGACAUGCAAACCAAACAUGGGAAGAUUGGGUUGGUGAACAGGGGCUUGUUCGUGUUUCGAGAUUCUCCCAAGAUCCCUACGCAAUUGACGCAGUUGAGUAUCGCCAGCCAGAGUCUCAACACUGCAUUGACAAUCCUGUCGCAAAGAGAGGGACAGCCUUCGCCAUCCAUGUUGCACCACCCUAAACUGGACCAUAGGAGAAGCACGGCAUCACUAAUCUCAUCACCCAAACAGCCACCAAACUACGAAGAGAGCGAAUUCCUCAACCGGAGAAGGAGGUCUUCAAACACCUCUUCUCUGCUAUCGCCAGUGCAAUCGCCAAACGAAGAGCCUCUCAGCACACCAGGUGGUGCAAGUGUGAUACUCGAAGACGAAGAUACAGUUCUCAGAUCUAAUCAAACUGCGGAACGUCAAGCGCAGUUUCGACCACACCCAGCACCACCACAAAUCGACAACGAGAAGAUUGUCAUCUCCACUGAGCAUCAAGGAAAUCCUCUCAACAGAGGGUUCAAUGCAACCCCCUAUUAUAGCUCAUGGGAAAACGAUUCGAGCCACCCUGAUACCACGCGCCACAGUAAUACUGUAUGGAGUGGGCAUCAAGGUCAUAGCCAGGCUGAUGGUUACGUAUACAAAGCCUACAACCCUUGGCUUGAGCAACUCGGUUCUCGGAGCCGGAGACCAAGCCACAACGCAGACCAAAACAGUGAGACGUUCAAUUCUCACUCAAGGGCUUGGCCGCAGGCCUGUGAUGAGCCUUUCUUCCUCCCUCAACAUGACCGUACGUCAAGUUACGAGAAGAUUAACUCGGGUGCCCGAAGCUCACUUCUGGAUUUAUCUCCCGGAAACAACAUUCCUCAUCUACCCGGACAGUCGGGACUCAACAUCAGCUUCCCUUUGACACCUCCAGGGAACAAUCCUGGCGGACCGGUCUUGCAAAAGGUUUGCUCAAGGACUUCCGUAUCGAUGUCUUCUCCGUUAUCCCAGGUGCCUGAGAGCGAACCCUGUAGCGCAACAAGUGCAGCUUCAUCAAGUUGUAGUCCUACUGCACAGCCUCAACUUCUAACACCCUAUCCCCUUCCCGGUCAGGGAAUAAGAAUGCCAACACAGUAUGAUGAAAGACACUCACAUCAUGAAAGUCAUUCCCCCUACAGCAUCCAUAAUAGCCCUGGUACUGCGUCUACUACUGUCAUCAAUAAGGACUUCAUGCCCUUGUCGACAUAUGAAAGUGAAUCGGGUUCUAGGCGUUCAGCACGGUCUUCAUUGGACUACUUUUCGCAAGGAACAAGUGGCGAAACAGGGGGUCUGGAUAUGACUAAGGGCCUGGCACGAGAUGGCUCAAUUUCGCAGCCGUCUCAGGAGCAGCGCUCUUCGGUUCAUUUUACAAGAACACGCUCUAGGAAGUAUGCUUGGUUGCAACACCAUGCUGGUGAGGACUGA